AUGGAGGUCGACUAUGCGCUUUCAACGUACUCUGCCGAUGCCGCUCGCGUCUACGUAGUCGGCACAUCGUCGGGAGCGAUGAUGGGCAACGUGCUCGCCGCUGUAUAUCCCGACGUUUUCGCCGCUGUCUCCGUGUACUCUGGGGAUGCAGCCGGCUGCAUGGCGGUGCCAGAUGGCACGCCGCCGAAUCCGUACGAUCCCUGCGGCUUGGGCAGGAUUGUCAAAACGCCGCAGCAGUGGGGCGACAUCGUGCGUGGAUAUAAUCCUGGCUUUGCGGGGCCGUGGCCGAGAAUGCAAAUCUGGCAUGGGACAAGCGACGCUACUGUUGUGUACCAGAAUUUCAUCGAGGAGUUGAAAGAGUGGAGUAAUGUGCAUGCUGUCAGUUUUGCGAAGAAUUCGACAAAUACGCCGCAGGCUGGUUAUACUCGGAUGACUUACGGAGAUGGGACGAAGUUGACUGGGUAUAGUGCUCUGGGUGUGGGCCAUACCGUUCCUGUUCACCCAGCCGAAGCUUUGAGCUUCUUCACGCUGUGA